AUGGCCUCCGCCAGGCUAUCGCCAACGGCGAACUUGCUGCGAAAUUCGCGUUUGUUCGCGCUCCCUAAAACCCUCAAGGGCCGCAAUGACCAAAUGUCGAGAGAAUCCGACACCGCAACUCUGCCUUACCCCAUUCGAGCCUCCAUCGUUACACCGCAAUCAUCACUAGCCCGAGGCGAUUGGGGAUUGAAACGACCUUUACCGGCUAAGUCGACAUCGGAGAAAUCAUCGAGACCUGUCGUGAGGGUGCACGCUCUCGAUACCUAUGAACAUGUCACCGACUUCGAAUCCGCCGCAGAUCACACCGUGACCCUCGAGAAGUUCCAGGAGCUCCACAUGCCUAUGUCUCUCCCCUCCAAAGUCAAUUACGCUACCAGUGUUGUACCAAGGCAUCAAAGUCCGUUCGAAACGCACCUUGAUAACACCGAGACCAGCCAGGGUCUCCAGGAACCUGGUGCUAAACAGUUCAGACACAGCGGUCCUUGGCUUGCUGGGCAGACGGAGGCAGAGUUCGCAGCGUACUUGAAGCAAGUGACUCGCAAUAAGCCUGAGAUCCUGCAGAAGCUUCGUGAACAGUUUGUCGCUAAGCGGUCUGCUGAGAUUCGGAAACUGGCGCAGGAUAAUGGAGAGGACUUGGAGGCUCAUCCCACAACUGUCACCGAUGCGGAGUUCAAUACCUACAUUAAAACUCUGCGUAAUGACCCAUUCGCUCUCGGUCCUGUGGUCUUUGAACUGCUUGACCUGGCUUCCUCCCCUGCCGUUCCCAGCGAGCGUAUCGGGCGCAAGUACUAUCAAUCCCCUGGAAGCAAGCUGUCCUCGUUUGAAUACGCCGUCUCAGGCCCCCCGAAGACACACCCAUCUGGCGGUCUGUCCUACACACGAUCACACGCUCUGAUUCACAACCAUGCCCAGUUUGGCCCACAAGCCCACCAGCGCCCCGUGGAGGCUCGCAUCUUGCGCCCUAAGGGCCGCUUUAAGGGACGCAUGGCACGUGCCUUGGCAGGUAUCGGUGGUAUUGCUGUUGAAGAUUUGAAUGCCAUGACCUUUGUGGAGCAAGGCACACCCCCGGUCUGA